AUGGCUCCUCUUUUUCUUAUCUCUACAACUCCACCUGUCUCUCAGAUGCGGAAGGCUGGGAGCUUGAAACAUGACAAGUCGCAAGAAGCCCUGUUCCUGGCACGGCGCCGGAGGGCGAGGCGGAUACUGUCAACGAGACUCGUAUUGCCACCUUUUUCUGUCGUCGAUGUGCUUGAUAAGCAUGGCAGUCGCUGCAGAGACAGGCCGUACUUCGUGCGAUUGUACGAGAUGGACUAUGGCGGUGUCGCAAGUCGUCGUUAUCAGUCCUUCAGCAAUACAGUACACAGUUUGGAUAUCGAAAAAGAAGAGCCCAGUAUUGCCGUCGGUACGCCUAUCCUGUCCCCCAGAUAA